CCCCCCCCUCACACACACACACACACCCCUCUCAACCCACUAGAUUUAAUCCAUAAUAAUGGGAAAGCGGAAUCGUGCAGCUCUGCUUCCCACUCAACUGCCACAAUUACAAAAUCUCAUCAAGCGAGAUCCAAAAUCGUAUGAAGCCGAGUUUCAACAACAAUACCGCCACUACCAGUCGACUUUAUCCAUUUUCUGCUUAAAACCCAAUGAAGAAGCUAAAGAAUUGGGUGAAUUGGUGACAUUCAUCAGUCAGGUCGCUUCAUGCUAUCCGACCGAAACGGCCGAGUUUCCACAACAACUGGUCGAUUUAUUACAGCAGCACUGUGUCGUAUUGAAUCCUGAUGUCCGCAAGAGUUUUGUGCAGGCUCUCAUUCUCUUGCGUAAUAAGGGUGUUCUUGAUAAUACUCGCUUGCUGCCAUUAUUUUUCACACUGUUCAAGUGCAAAGACAAGCAAUUGCGAGAACUUUUGUACAGCCACAUUGUGAAUGAUAUCAAGAAUGCCAAUCUCAAGGCCAAAAACAACAAACUGAAUCGAUCUUUACAGUCAUACAUGUUUACGAUCCUCGAAUCCGUCAAGACGGGCAACAGUGACGAGAAUGCUGUAUCAGCUAAAAAGAGUGUGGAUGUGUGCGUUGAUUUGUAUCAUAAGAAUGUCUGGAACGAUUCCAAAACGGUCAAUGUGAUUGCCGAAGCUUGCUUUUCCCCAGUCAACAAAAUUGCAGUGACAGCCAUCCGAUUCUUUUUGAGCUCUAACGAAGAGAAAGACAGCAAGUCAGAUAACGAAGAUGAGGAUGAUAUGCCAGAUAUUAAACGUAUGCAACAAGCAAGCGUCUACACGAAAAAGACCAAGGCUCGAUCAAGACGGUUGGAAGCAGCCAAGAAGAGAGUUUCGAAGAAGAAUAAGAACAGCAAGAAAGCAGAGUCAUUCAACUUUUCGGCUCUGCAUCUGCUGAACGAUCCACAAGGUUUUGCCGAAAAGCUGUACUCUAAGUUGAACGCCAAGGAUGAACGAUGGGAAAUCCGUUUAUUGCGUAUGAACUUGAUCUCGCGUGUGAUUGGUAUUCAUCAAUUGUCGUUGCUCGGCUUCUAUCCCUAUUUGGUUAAGUAUCUGCAACCAUCGCAACGGGAUGUUACCAUGGUGCUUGUUGCUGCUGCUCAAGCAAGCCAUACGCUUGUCCCACCAGAUGCAUUGGAGCCCGUAUUGAAGGCGAUUGCCAACAACUUUGUUACUGAUCGUGUGUCCAACGAAGUCAUUGCUGCUGGUCUGAACGGUAUUCGCGAAGUGUGUGCACGCCAGCCCCUGGCUAUCGACGAAACAUUAUUGCAAGAUUUGACACAGUACAAGAAUCACCGUGAUAAGGGUGUGUUGAUGGGUGCUCGAUCAUUGAUUGCAUUGUACCGUGAAGUCAACCCAGAAAUGCUGUUAAAGAAGGACCGAGGCCGUGCUGCUACGAUGCAACUUAAGGAUGGCUCAGCUCCUCACUUGCAAUACGGUGCUGGUGGAGGCGAUGGUGCAGGCUUGCAAGGCAUUGAAUUGCUUGAUGACAAGGAACAAGACGAAGAAGGUGGUGAUGACGGUUGGGAAGGCUGGGAAGUUGAUGAGGAUAGUAGCGACAGUGACGAAGAAGGCUGGAUCAAUGUAUCGGACGAUGAAAAGGAGGUCAAUAUUGCCAUGAGCGAUGACGAAGAUGCCGACACGAAGGAUAAGAAGAAGAAUGGGAACGACGAUGAAAAGAAAGAGACAGAGCUUGUACCUGGUGAAAAGAAACAACGUCGUAUUGGCAAACGACAGCUGCGCAAGUUGCAAGACACGGAAGAACUCUCGGAAGAACAGCGUGAAAAGUUGCGCAAGGAAGCAGAAGCACGUCGCGAGGAAGAAGAAAAGAAACGCGAAGCGAUGCUCAAGGUUGCGUCUAGCCGUAUUCUUACACCUGCCGAUUUUGUCAAACUGAACGAGCUUCGAGAGAACCAAGACGUCGAAAAGGCUGCUGGUGUCAAGCGAACAAACGACAAGAGCAACAAUGACGAUAACCAGAUCGACGAGAGUGUAAUUCUGGGAGCACGUAAGAAGGCCAAGAUGGAUUACGAGGAGCGUAUGGCAUCGAUCCAGGAAGGCCGUGAAGGCCGUGAAAAGUUCGGAUCCAAGAAGGGCAAGAAGGAGCGUGGCAGUACGACGAACCGCGAAAAGGCACGUCAAAAGAACUUUAUGAUGAUUGCACACAAGCACUCGGUUGUCGCCAAGGGCAAACGAAGUUUGGUCGAAAAGCAAAAGGCAUUACGAGCUGCGAUCAACAAGCGCAAAAAGUCAAAACAUUAGAAGGCUUGUCCUCCUCCACGCCCGUCCCCUUUUUCUUUCAUUUUCUUUAAUUUCUGCAUUCUUCCAUCAUUUUCUCUGUUUUGUAUACACAACGCACCAUUUGUAACUCUUUAAAAGCAUUGCCUACAACAUCUCCUUGUGUUCUCACCCGUGCACAUCGAAAGUGUUCUAUUUAUAUUAAAAACUCCAAAUGUAUUACUACAGCACUAGCG